AUGGUGUCUUUCCUCAACUUGCUCGCAAUCGCGCCUGCAGUGGCCUCGGCCAUUUCCAUCGGCCGAAUUGGUCUGGGCGAGAGACCAGGAAAGCCUUUGGCUCACGGCAUCGCCCAAAGGGACUCGACAUGCCGCUGCUACCCUGGAGAGGAUUGCUGGCCGACAACAGCAAAGUGGGAUGCCUUCAACGAGACCGUCGGUGGACGUCUCAUCGCAACGGUCCCCAUCGGUGCCGUCUGCCACGAUAGCUCGUUCGGCGCCUACGACGAGGCCAAGUGCACAGCUCUUCAGAACAGCUGGGCCAACUCCGAGACGCACAUUCAGACCUCCUCCUCGGUGAUGGCGGCCUUCUUCGCCAACGACAGCUGCGAUCCCUUUCUCGACCGCACCGCGCGCUGCAUCGUCGGCACCUACGUCCAAUACGCCGUCAAGGCCGCCAGCUCUGAUGACUACGUCAAGACUAUCAAGUUCGCCCAGGAUAACAACAUCCGCUUCGUCAUCCGCAACACCGGCCACGACUACCUCGGAAAGUCCACUGGCGCCGGUGCCUUGGCGCUCUGGACACACUCCCUGAAGGAUACCAGCGUUCUGGACUACGAGUCCACUGGCUACACCGGCAAGGCGCUCAAGGUCGGCGCUGGUGUUCAAGCCGGCGAGGCCCAGGCCGCCGCGCACGCACAGGGCCUUGUCGUUGUGGGAGGUAACAGCCCGACUGUUGGUUUCGCGGGAGGCUAUACCCAGGGUGGCGGCCACGGACCUCUUGUUUCCAAGUACGGUCUCGCCGCCGACCAGGUUCUCGAGUGGGAGGUUGUCACUGCUGAAGGCCAGACGGUUGUCGCGACCCCCACCGAGUCGUCUGAUCUCUACUGGGCCCUGUCUGGAGGUGGCGGCGGUGUGUACGCUGCUGUGCUGUCCAUGACCGUCAAGGCCUACCCUGACACGAUUGUCUCCUCUGCCAACUUGACGAUGACCAACUCGGGUGUCACGGAUGACGUCUUUUAUGGCGCUGUCACCACCUACCUGAAGAGUCUGCCCGCCAUCGUCGAUGCCGGAGCGGUCAGCAUCUGGUUGUUGAGCGCCGGCGUGUUCCUUAUGCAGCCGACCACCCUGCCCAACAAGACCAAAGAGGAGCUUCAAGCUCUGCUCCAGCCGACCCUCGAUGCGCUUGAUGCUGCUGGCAUCACCUAUGAUUUCAACAUUGGCCAGUACAACACCUACUUGGACAGCUACAACGACAUGAACCCGGAGCCUGCCGUCACCGAGUACAACAUUGGCGGCCGUCUCAUGCCUCGCUCCCUUGUCGCCGAUGACGCCUCCGCCACAGAACUCACAAACACGCUGCGCUCCAUCUUGAACGAAGGUGGCAUCGUUUCUGGUCUCAGCAUCAACGUGGCCCGGCCCGCCAACGUUGUGCCCAACGCCGUGAACCCGGCCUGGCGCACCGCCCUUUUCUCCGCCACCGUCGGAACUCCCUACAGCCGCACCGACUUCUCGACCCUCGUCUCCGGCCAAAACACGGUUACGAACACUAUCCUCCCCAAGCUCAAGGCGCUGACGCCCGGCGGCGGCGCUUACCUUAACGAGGCAGACCGCAACGAGGUUGACUUCCAGUCCACGUUUUACGGCGACAACUACGCCAAGCUCAAGGCGAUCAAGAGCCUCUAUGACCCAAAGAGCACGUUUUACGCCCUGACGGGUGUUGGCAGUGACGACUGGGAGGUGCGGAGCGACGGCCGUCUUUGCAUGGUUGCGUGA